UGUAGCUCCCUUCUCCCGUAGCUCCUUUUUUCCUUAGCUCCUCUAAAACCCAAGCAAAAGAGGCCGAGGCUGGAGAGACCCCCGGAUGCCCCGUGACUCCUAUCACAGGGGCCUUCUUCAUCCAGGGGAGCCGGUGAGAGUUCCCUCUGCGCCCCUUCUUUGACUGGAGGAGUUGGAAAAGAGGAGGGCGUCGGGGGUGUACUCCCCACCCCAUAUAUCCUGGAGCUGGAGCCUCAAGGGGGACAAAACCUAGGCAGCUGCAAAGACUUACAGAUGGUUUGACAGGUCUGCAUUCGUGAGACAGUUUAGAAUGAAGGGCUGUCGUGGAGCCCCUUGGGAGUUGUAAUUCUGGUGCGGAGAGGGCUGCUGGAGUGAACACAGGGAGUGCAUUUCAGGAAGGUGAGAAGAAGAGUGGAGGUGAGGCCCAGCCCCCCGUGCCGCCACCAUGCCGUCUAAUGCCCGGGCUGGCAGCCUGAAGGACCCUGAGGUGGCUGAACUGUUCUUCAAGGAUGACCCUGAGAAACUCUUUGUCGACCUGCGGGAGAUUGGACAUGGCAGCUUUGGAGCAGUCUACUUUGCCCGAGACAUACGCAACAAUGAAGUGGUGGCCAUCAAGAAGAUGUCCUACAGUGGGAAACAGUCGAACGAGAAAUGGCAGGACAUUAUCAAAGAGGUGAAGUUUCUGCAGAAGCUGCGGCACCCGAACACCAUUGAAUACAAGGGCUGCUAUUUGCGGGAGCACACAGCAUGGCUGGUGAUGGAGUAUUGCCUAGGUUCAGCCUCAGACUUGCUGGAAGUGCACAAGAAGCCUCUGCAGGAGGUAGAGAUUGCAGCCAUAACGCACGGUGCUCUGCAGGGGCUGGCGUACCUGCAUUCGCACAACAUGAUCCACAGAGACGUGAAAGCCGGGAAUAUCCUGCUGACUGAGCCAGGACAGGUGAAGCUGGGGGACUUUGGCUCUGCCUCCAUCAUUGCUCCUGCAAACUCCUUCGUUGGCACCCCAUAUUGGAUGGCUCCCGAGGUGAUCCUAGCCAUGGAUGAGGGGCAGUAUGACGGGAAGGUGGAUGUCUGGUCACUUGGCAUCACGUGCAUUGAACUCGCGGAGCGGAAACCACCCCUCUUUAACAUGAAUGCUAUGAGUGCCUUAUACCACAUCGCCCAGAAUGACUCUCCACUGCUCCAGUCCAGCCACUGGUCUGAAUACUUCCGGAACUUUGUGGAUUCGUGCCUGCAGAAGAUUCCCCAGGACCGCCCAACCUCUGACGUGCUGCUCAAGCAUCGCUUCCUCUUGCGGGAACGGCCCCAGACCGUUAUCAUGGACCUGAUCCAGCGAACCAAGGAUGCCGUGAGGGAGCUGGACAACCUGCAGUACCGCAAGAUGAAGAAAAUCCUUUUCCAGGAAGCGCAGAAUGGCCCAAACGCGGAGGCUCCGGAAGAGGAGGAGGAGGUGGAGCAGUUCCUCCACCGGACGGGCACCAUCAACAGCAUGGAGAGCAGCCAUUCGGUGCCCAGCAUGUCUAUCAGUGCCAGCAGCCAGAGCAGCAGCGUCAACAGCCUGGCAGACGCUUCCGACGAUGACGACGGAGCGGAGAUGGCCAUGAUGCAGGAAGGCGAGCACACGGUCACCUCUAACAGCUCUGUUAUCCAUCGUCUCCCGGGCCACGACAACCUGUAUGAUGACCCGUACCAGCCUGAGAUGGAGCCGCAGAGUUCAUCCUCUGCUGCCCGACGCCGUGCCUACUGCCGCAAUAGAGACCACUUUGCCACCAUCCGUACAGCUUCCCUGGUGACGCGCCAGAUCCAGGAGCACGAGCAGGAUUCAGCGUUGCGGGAUCAGAUGAGCGGCUACAAGCGGAUGCGGCGUCAGCACCAAAAGCAGCUGCUGGCGCUGGAGAACAAGCUGCGUGCAGAGUUGGAUGAGCACCAGCUGCGCCUCGACAAGGAGCUGGAGGCCCACCGCAACAACUUCUCUGCCGAGGCUGAGAAACUGGCCAAGAAGCAUCAGGCUAUUUUUGAGAAGGAGGCUAAGGCAGCCCUGGCCGAGGAGAAGAAAUUCCAGCAGCACAUCUUGGGCCAGCAGAAGAAGGAACUGGGCAACUUGCUGGAAUCGCAGAAGCGCCAGUAUAAGCUGCGCAAGGAGCAGCUCAAAGAGGAGCUGCAGGAGAACCAGAGCACGCCCAAGCGGGAGAAGCAGGAGUGGCUGCUGCGGCAGAAGGAGAACAUGCAGCACUACCAGGCGGAGGAGGAAGCCAACCUGCUGCGCCGCCAGCGGCAGUACUUUGAGCUGCAGUGCCGCCAGUACAAGCGCAAGAUGCUGCUCGCCCGCCACAACCUGGACCAAGACCUGCUGCGAGAGGAGCUGAACAAAAAGCAGACGCAGAAGGAUCUGGAAUGCGCCAUGCUGCUGCGCCAGCACGAGUCCACCCAAGAGCUGGAAUUCCGUCACCUGCACACCGUCCAGCGCACCCGCACUGAGCUCACCCGCCUGCAGCACCAAACGGAGCUCUCCAAUCAGCUGGAGUACAACAAGCGCCGCGAGCAGGAGCUGCGCCAGAAACAUGCCAUGGAGGUCCGGCAGCAGCCCAAGAGCCUCAAAUCCAAGGAACUGCAAAUUAAAAAGCAGUUCCAGGACACCUGCAAGAUCCAGACGCGGCAGUACAAGGCCCUCCGCAACCACCUCUUGGAGACCACUCCGAAGAGCGAGCACAAGGGUAUCCUGAAGCGCCUGAAGGACGAGCAGACCCGCAAGCUGGCCAUCCUCGCUGAGCAGUAUGACCACAGCAUCAACGAGAUGCUCUCCACGCAGGCCCUGCGGUUGGAUGAGACGCAGGAGGCAGAGUACCAGGUCCUGAGGAUGCAGCUGCAACAGGAACUGGAGCUGCUGAACGCCUAUCAGAGCAAGAUCAAGAUCCAUACCGAGGCACAGCACGAACGAGAAAUCAAGGAGCUUGAGCAGCGUGUAUCCAUCCGCCGGGCACUGCUAGAGCAAAGGAUCGAGGAAGAGAUGUUAGCCCUGCAGAAUGAGCGCUCCGAUCGGAUCCGGAGCCUCUUGGAGCGCCAGGCCCGGGAGAUCGAGGCUUUCGACUCUGAGAGCAUGCGCUUGGGAUUCAGCAAUAUGGCACUCACCGGCAUCCCCGCCGAAGCCUUCAACCAAGGCUAUACUGCCCCCCCUCAGCCCUGGCCCUCCCGCCCCGUUCCCCGCAGUGGCUCCCACUGGAGCCAUGGCGUCCAGAACACGGCCGGUGCCCCCCACGCGUGGAGGCAGCCCCCUAUGUUAGCCCCACCCCCUUCGGCUUGGCUUCACCCUCCUUCUUCCUCUCCCUCCUCCUCAUCUUCCUCAUCGUCAUCCGCCCCAGGGGGCCGCUCCAACGUGGUCAUGCUGAGGAACAGCCCUCAGCCAUUGCGACGCACAGCUUCUGGCGGCCAGUCGGACCAGGGCAUCAGCCGCUCGGCCAGCGUCACCUCACACAUCCUCAAUGGGUCGCACUUCUCUUACUCGUGAAGCGAUUGGGAAGAGAACAGGGAAACUUUGCUGGAGGGCGAUGGGGGGGAAUUGGCUGUUGGGAAAGGGGGAAGGAAAGCGGGGCUCCUCAAGCAACGGAUGGGGUGACACUGUGAAACCGGAACCACGGUCCCGGCCCCUCAGUCGUCAUCUGUGGCCUUUGUCUUGCCACAGCUUUGCAAGCGCAGAGCCACAGAAGAUUGGACUGUGAGACUGUGGAAGGUUGAAUUCUUGCCCUCUGGCCUGUGGCUGGUGCCUCCCCCAGGUCACGGUGUUCCCGUCCCCCUCCCUCACCGCCACGUGGAAGGAGACACCAAAGCUGUGGACGUGCCAUUGGCGAUCGGUUUUUGCAUACCUGAUCGUUGGCCGUUGCUUCCCCCAGCGUUGCAACAAUCUAUAGACGGAGAGAGAUGGCGAACGAUUACUCCCCCCCCCCAAACUGUGGAGAUUAAAUUAUCUUCUUUUUGUUUUCCAUUUGUGGCUGAAUAAUCCCAAAUCCCACUCUUGGGAAGAGAAGAAUACAUUGCAACAAAUCCAGAGUUCUCAGUUGUGCACCUAUAGCUUGCUACGGGAGGUGAAAGGAGCUGCAACCAUCAAAGAGAGCCUUUUCUUUUUCUCCUACAACAUGGUUACUUUAACCCAGUUUAGGUAGAGAGAAAUGAUGGGCAUAGAUCUUGCUUUUGGGAGGGGGGGGAGAGAAGCCCUGGAUUGCCAGUGAUGGUGGCCAAUCUGUGCAUGCAUAGAAUUAUCAGAUUGACAGAGGAAGACUUUGUGCAUCCCUUCCAGGAUGUGGACAGUGGGGUCUCUGUCCUGCCCAAAUACACGGGCAGAGACCACAGCAUUCAGUCUGUUUCCAGAACAUUCUCUACUCCAGGAGCCUUCCUUGCCUCAUCACAAAUCCGUGGAUAGAGAGGGAGGUAUAAAUUGCUGCAGGCUGCUGUGGCUUCUACCUGCAUUGCCAUGUUUCUGAGAGAUGUGGUGAACUCUAGCUCUUGAGACUGUCUUGACCACUCCCGGCCCAUCUGAUUAAAAAAAAAAGGUUCCUGAACCAGUCCUCACAUUCCUCUCAUGAACCAGAAUGUAGAUUUUUAACAAUGCCCUUUUCUCCUGUAUUUCUUUUUUUUACAUGUAGAUUUAAGCCGCUGCCAGCCCAGGGAUCUUCUUAUGUUAAUAACAGCCCCCUACUCCUUUGUAUUACAUCGCCUCCUCCACUGGAAAGACAUCCAGUUCCUUUUGUAAACCUUUGAAUCACAGCUGGCCCCAAGCUAAGAGUUAGGUUUUGGUUUCCUAGCUGCGACCCACACCUCUGGUAGGCCAGGCGAUGGGAUUGUCAUCUUUUCCCGCUUGUGCUUGGUUCCUCCUCAAAGAUUCCUCUGUCUUGGACCCUUUUUUCUUUCCCACCCACCCAAAAUGGUUUGCUGUCACUUCCAUAGCCCCAGUGUUCUUUUUUGCUCUGUGCAAGUUAGUUGCAUUGCUCUCAGUUUAGUCUCCCCAAGUCUGCAGAAAGGCUUUAACUGUGUAUGCAGGAUACGGGUGUCCAGAGGAAUUAAGAAUGUCUCUUGAUUCACAAUUCACAUCCAUUAACACCAUCUCCAUCUCAUCUCCUUUCUCCCUGCAUGCUUGUCCCCCGGCUUUUCCCUCUCCCUUCAUGCUGUUUCUUGCUGUAAUGCCCAGUAUGAACAAACCCCCAGAUUGCCAAGGGUUUGGGAUCAGGGUCAAUUUUUCACACUAAACCUAUGAUUUCAGUGGGCAGUUGCCUUCCCUUCUGCCCCUUACUAGUCCUCAAGUCAAUAUUUCUGACCUCAAAAGUCUAAUGGCUUCUCUGACUGAAAAACAAAAGUCUCCCCUCCGUACCCCCCUCCCUCACACAAGCAACACCUUAUUUGUGUUAGGACCAAACGUCCCACCAGCAAGUAGAAAACAGUUUGUGAGCUGAUGUGAUCUCUGUUGAGGCAUUUCAAAAUCAGUGUCUCAACUAUGGAUGCUGAGGGAGAAGCUUAAAACACCUUUCUCAUGCUCAAAAUUUCAUUCUGAUUUAACUUGUGGGCACUGGGGCGCUGUAUAUCAAAACUUGGCACAGUGUUUCUGACAGAAGGGAUGAAGAGGAGGUAAAAUGAAGGUUUUGUGAGUGUAUUGUGUACCUUGGUGGACACGAGCAUUUUCUCCAUCAUAACUAGAAAUAAGUCUGUCAUGAGGGUAGGGAAAUCAGUAAUUGAAACUAGUUUUGAAACUUCCCUAUGGCAAAUGGGACUGAAUACUCUGAAAGCACUUGGUUGGGUCCAACAGCUCCCUUCUGCAAAGUCAGGAUCUUCUCAUUUAGCAAUUUACUUUAAAACUUUGGUUUGUGCUGUGGAAACCCAGAUAUGUAUUCACUCAGAGUGGGUGUCCAGAUUUACAAAUCUAGAAAGGAAAUUUUGAUCUCUUGCUAUGGGGAGCAAGUCUUGAUUUAUUUUCCUCUCCCAUUGUGACAGAAAAAAGCAGCCCUGGGGUUUUAAUACCACCGGGUGGGGAAGAAAACUCGAGGGGUAAGAGUAUCCCUGGACUGUAUCAUUCAGUUCAUAGGUAGAUGGUUACACAGAUUGAGGUAUCAGGUAGAGAAUUUCUAGUCUAGUGUCCCAGAAAUACUAAUUUAUUUUUCCUCAGAUAAUAGUUUUUUUCUUAAGAAAAUGCCAUGCAUUUCCCUGCCUCUUUCCAAGAAUUGGACAUCUUCCUCAGGCAAAGACGGAAAGGACAAUUUCUUUAAAAUGGCAGGUGUGUCAAAGAAGUCCUACAAACCAGUUCUUCAUGGGAAAGGGAGGGCAAUGAUGUCGUCUUUAUGAAAAGAGGGAGAGAAAUGUGAAACCAAAAUGUCUCCUCACAGACUCUUCCUAGUGAGCUUGGAAAAUUUACUUCACAUGGUCUCGGGAAUCCAUGUUUGGCUCGUGGGAAAGGAAGAUCCCCAGUGAGAGCCGAGUCAAGGGGGCCGGCAAGGAAACUGGUGUGGGGGAUUUCAUCAAAUACUAACAUUUCUUCCAGUGAUGGAAGAUUCUAGAGACUUCCCUUUGAGGAAGAGAAAUACAUGAUCCUCUUGAGACUUCCUUGAUUUAUUUUUUUUUCCAUUUUGGGAACUGGAAACCUUGAAACAGUCAUUUUACACGGUAGCGUAGCUAAGGCAUAUUGCUGUGUCCUCAGACCCCCACCACCCUCACCACCACAUCAGUCCCUUUUCUCACUGAAUUAUCCUCCCUGUGCCAUUCGGCAUCCCGUGUCCCACCCCACCCCAAGGGCGGUGAUCUGUCCUCAACCACAAAAAGUCGUUCUCGAACCUUCUUCUAACGAAGAGAGACUUCUCCCCAAACCCUCACCCCAUUUUCUCAAGUUGCUUUUUCUAAAUUUCAUAAGGCCACUGUUUUAAACAAGCUGGGGGGGUGAGGGAGGGGGGGAGGAGAAAUGGGAACUUUUACUUCAAGAUGUUCAGUUAGUGAUAUCUGCCUGCCUGGGUUUGGGAAAUGGGGUUACGGGGAGGGAUAGGGCUGGAGGGGCUUGAUGUAUUAUAAUAAUCCUUUUUGGUUUAAAAAGAAAUUCUGUUUUUUGGUGCCAUAACUUUCCCCCAUGUACAGUUUACCUCUUCUGGUCUUUUUUUUUUGUUUUUUUGGCCUCCCCACCCCUCUCCUGUUUCCCUCUGUGUGGGUGAUUAAAAACUAAUGUGAGUGUGUGUAUGUAUGUGUGUAUGUCUUUUUUAUAUAUGAAGAAAAAAUGUUGGGGGGGGGGAACUUAGACAUAUGUGUCCUAUGGAAUGUAUUAGAAAAUAAAACACUUUUUUUAAAAAAAAAUGGGGGGUUGGGGGAGAUUCAGACAUACUUGGAAGAGAAAAAAAUGGGGUAGGGAAGAUGGAAUUGCUUGCUCUCUAGAAGGUUACCAGUGGGAGAGAUUUCGGG